AUGGCUGCCUGUGUAAUACGACGGGGGCUACUGUCCACAGUUAGUAAAUACCAUAAAAAACACACAUUACGGGUAAUAAAUGUGGACUUCAACAGUAGACAAGAAGUAAACAGGCGUCGCUUGCAGUGCUCAACAUGUAGCUCUCUCAACAUACAACAAAAACGGUUCAUGUCUUCACGUAACAGGCCGGAGGGGAAGGUACUGGAGACAGUGGGAGUUUUUGAAGCGCCAAAACAGCACGGAAAAUACGAGACAGGACAGUUGUUCCUGCACAGUGUGUUUGGCUACAGAGGGAUCGUUCUGUUCCCGUGGCAUGCACGCCUCUAUGACCGAGACGUCACCCCGGCGGCCAGUGACAGUAAACCUGAACCCCCUGGGGCCCACGGCUCAAAGGAAGUGAAGGGGAAAACUCAUACGUACUACCAGGUCCUUAUAGACACCAGGGACUGUCCACACAUAUCCCAGAGAUCACAGACGGAGGCGGUGACAUUUCUGGCCAAUCAUGAUGACAGCAGGGCUCUGUAUGCCAUCCCAGGUCUGGACUAUGUAAGUCAUGAGGAUAUUCUGCCGUAUAACUCCUCUGAUCAGGUGCCCAUUCAGCAUGAGCUCUUUGAGAGGUUCCUCAUGUUUAACCCAUCCAAAGUGCCCCCGUUCGUACCCAGAGACACACUGCGUGCGUGGCAGGAGAAGAACCACCCCUGGUUGGAGCUGUCUGACGUCCACCGGGAGACCACGGAGAACAUUCGUGUCACUGUCAUCCCCUUCUACAUGGGCAUGAGGGAAGCACAGAAUUCCCAUGUUUACUGGUGGCGGUACUGUAUCCGUCUGGAGAAUCUGGGUGACGAGGUUGUUCAGCUGAGGGAACGCCACUGGAGGAUUUUCAGUCUCUCUGGCACCUUGGAGACAGUCAGAGGAAGAGGAGUUGUAGGGAGAGAGCCCGUGUUGUCCAAAGAACAGCCUGCCUUCCAGUACAGCAGUCAUGUCUCUCUGCAAGCCCCCAGCGGACACAUGUGGGGGACGUUUCGAAUCGAGAGGACCGACGGCUCUCACUUCGACGUUCGUAUUCCGCCCUUCUCCCUAGAGAGCAACAAAGACGACAGGUCGCCCCCUGCUGGACACAACUGGUAGUGGUGCUCUCAGUACUACCCAACGAGAGCGCACAAAAGCACAAUUUGAGUCCACGCUGCAGCGACCCUGCAAGAAGCCUCUGCCCUCUGAGACCACGGUCUACUUCUGUUUCUCUUCUCUUAUACUGUAUACAUUCAGUUGAAUCUGCAGGAAAUGAACGCUGAGUUUGGUCUCUGAAGUAUGUUCCCGUAGGUAGUGCCAAUGCCUGAUUUAGGAUCAUACAAUGCAGUAUUUUUUCUUGUUACCGUAGUGCAGAGGAAAGUCAGAACAGACCAACAUCAUGUAGUUUACUAUUCCCCUGAUUAAUCUGUGUUAACUGUUCAGAAAUCAGUCGACACUCAAGUGAGUGUCUGACACAAAUAAACAAUGAGAUACUGUAUGGGCCUUUUUCUGUGAUGUUAUGAUGCUGAGUUUAAAGUUUAAGGCCGUUGAUGGAUUUGAGACAAUGUCUCCACCCUCAUAG